UUAGGGUUUUGUGUUGGCUGAAAUUCCCCUAGAUCUCAUUCUCUUCGGCUUCUAUAUAUUGCGACCUUCAUUUUUGUUUUGCGCUCGUCGCCACUUUGCAGAGAAAUUUCUUCCAACUUGAAGAUGGCGGAAGAGAGAUUGACUGGUGUGGUUCAAUGGUUCAGCGAUUCGAAAGGAUUUGGCUUCAUCAAGCCAGAUGUAGAAGGCCCGGAUCUGUUCGUGCAUCAAUCCUCGAUUAAAUCCGAUGGCUACCGGAGCCUUGUCGUCGGAGACCAUGUCGAGUUUCAGAUCGCCCCGGGCGAUGAUGGGAAAUCGAAAGCCAUCGAGGUUGUUUCCCUCGAUGGAUCUUCGGGAAACAGGAGGGAUAACUUUGGUGGUGGUGGUGGUGGAAGGGGUGGCCGCGGCGGCGGUUAUGGGUUUGGUGGCAGUGGCUGGAGAGGCGGUGAUCGGCGGAACGGGAGCAGCGGAGCUGGUGGGGCUGGGUGCUAUCACUGUGGUGAACAAGGGCAUUUGGCCAGAGACUGUACUCGUGCUAGUAACCGCGGCGGAGGCGGCGGUGGUGGGUGUUUCACUUGCGGUGAGAUUGGACACUUAGCGAGGGAUUGCCCACGAGGAAACAGCGGUGGAGGCGGCGGUGCCGGUGCUGGGGCUUGCUAUAAUUGUGGCGGUUUUGGGCACUUGGCUAGGGAUUGCAAUCGGGGUGGAGCUGGAGGCGGAAGUGGUGGUGGCGGUGGUGGUGGUUGCUUUAAUUGUGGAGAAUAUGGACAUUUGGCUAGAGAAUGCCCGAAUGAAAGCCGUAACAGUGGCGGCACUGGAAGAUUUGGCGGCGGCGGUGGCGGUGGCUCAAACACCUGCUUCAAUUGUGGGAAAUCGGGGCAUUUUGCCAGGGAGUGUCCUGAUGCACCUUGAUAAGGAGGGGGAAAAAGAGUAAUAGUAUAUAAUUUUUCCUUUUACCUCAAUAUUGUCCUUUAAUUUAUGUUCUUCUUUUGGUGUGGAUGGUGGCUAUACGUAGCUUACUUGAGAGGUUUUUAUUAUUUUUAUUCCAUGGUUGUUUCGCUCUUUUAGGGGCAAAUUUUCUGGUUCACACAUGUGGUGAUGAUUCGGUUAAAGGAKGCAUUUUUAUCCUUAUUUUCUUGUUUUA